AUGGCCUCAACGGCGGUGCCCAUUGUCCAAUAUGGUGUCGAGAACAAGAACAUUCCUGGCGAUCCGACUUGUUGGAAGAUGAAGGAAUGUGGCAACAUUUGUCAUUGGGCUGACCAGUCUCGCCGCGAGGAUUUCCCACCGUUUGGUAACACCGAUUUCGAGAUGAGUGACGAUCCCCGAAUUGCGUCCAUCCGCCAGUUUCUUUCCAACCUUGCCAACAUUGAGAACAUGAUGCACGAACACGGAACGGUCAUUCGAGAUACGGCCAAAGAAUUCAUCAUUGACUCCGUAGUCAACACGUUCGGUGUUCGUCUCAUCAAGCUGCACGACGUAUCAUUCAAGGACAAGGCGUCGUACAAGAAAGCUGCGAGGUCUAAGCAGGUUGAGAAGCUAUCUAAGGCGAAGAUGGCCGACAAGGAGCCUCCUAUGGGCUGUAUCGUAGAGGAUUUCCUCAUGGCGCAGCGGCUGAGUCGUGGCGAGGCCCCCACCAUGCCCAUGCAUCGUCCAAGUACAGAGAACCCCCAAGGCGCUGAAAACUGCAAGAAAUGGUAUUCGGAGAUGCGCCGCGAGUCCUGCCGUACCUUCUGGGUUAAAACGACCCGGCAAGAGCGCGAUUCGAUGCGCGCCGGAGCCCAGCAACCCUCCGCAGACCUGAUCCCCUUGAUUCAGCAGAUUCGGAACGAAGACAGGUCUCACACCAAAGAUCACUUCUGGUCGUACCAGCGUGAUGAGCUAGCGGCCGAGGACCCCAACAUUUACGAGCAAGUUGACAAAGAUAUUGUAAUCGUGUUGGACAAGGAUAAUGAGCUGCUUCUCUGCAAGUUCGCGGGCUUGUUCCGUCUCCUUUUCGGCGAAUACGAAGUCUCUAAGCUUCAGGAGGCUUUACGCAAGUGGGCAUCGCUGCCAGCUCUCCCAAUUCCGGAGACGGCCCGCCAUAUGGUGGAUGAUUUCAUUCGUGACACCAAACAUCCAAAGAUGGACCUUGAAAAGGCCACGACCCUUGAGGAGGUUGAGCAACGGCAAUCCUGUGUCGCGCACUACGGUACAUGGGCCAUGAAGGGUCACCUCAAUCCUGAUGCUGUAACGCUAACUCCGGACACGAAUCUCUACUACGGUCGGCCAAGAAAACUCUUCCAGGACUAUGUCUUUGAGUUGAUGCCGACAUUCAAGGAGAACGUUCUGGGACUCGGCUCGGAGGUCGUGAGAUUCCUUCUUAGUGCCAUGGCACCGGACGAAUACCAGGAGUGUUGUGACGUGUUCAAGGGCAUCCCAGACGUCCGGAAGAUGAAGAUGUCCGAGCCGACGUUUGCAACCCUGGCGGUCCUUGGCAUCAACACGUACACGCAACGCCAUGUCGACAACAACGAUGUCGAGUUUGUAUUCGCUGGCCUACUCGCCCUUGGCAAUUAUACUGGAGCCAAUAUUUGCUUCCCUCAAUUGGGCAUAGAAAUGCCCUACCAGACCGGCGAUGCCGUCAUAUUGCGCGGUACGGAGAUGGAGCACUUCGUGCGCGACUGGACCGGUUACCGCAUGUUCCUGCUGGACACAAACCAUCGUCCAGUCCGCAGAUACGCACACAGGGUCAUGGGCAAGCUUCCGCCGAAGCCGAGAGACUCGUGGCAUCCCGACAGAAUCAAGGAGAGACUGGAAGGCCGUAAGCGCGAGCGCAUCCCGACGUCGACGACGCGCUCGGGCUUGUACAGCCCCUGCUGGGUCGAAUCAGCAUCGCCGGAGCCUGAGGAGCUGUACGAGAGCGAUGUUCAUGGUGCAGGAUACCUGGGUCGAUACCACGACAGCGACGAGUCAUCUUAUGAGCGCUCGGGAGGAAGCAGCGACGAUGACAAGGGAGAGCUGCUCGUUCCUCUCCCUGCUGCGUCAGGGGACCCUAUGGUGCUAGGAUAA